AUGGUUAUCAUUAAGACUAUUACCUCACACGAUGUGCGGUUUCCUACAUCCUUGGACAAGGCUGGCUCAGAUGGCAUGAACCUUUCACCAGACUACUCGGCUGCUUUUUGCGUCCUUACCACUAACGACCCCAACCUCACAGGCCAUGGCAUGACUUUCACAAUUGGUCGCGGCAACGAACUCGUGUGUGGCGCAGUCGAUCUCCUUGCACCUCUGAUUCAGGGCAAGAAUCUUUCUGAGCUCACAAAGAAUUGGGGUAAAACAUGGCGCUACCUGACAUCAGAUUCCCAGCUCCGCUGGGUAGGCCCUGAAAAGGGUGUUAUACAUUUAGCUCUCGGCGCCCUCGUGAAUGCAAUCUGGGAUCUAUGGGCAAAGACGCUGGGAAAGCCUGUAUGGCGUGUCGUUGCGGACAUGACGCCAGAAGAGGUCGUCCAAUGUAUUGACUUUCGCUACAUUUCUGAUGUCUUGAGUCCUAAUGAUGCAUUGGAAAUUCUGAGAGCAGCACAAAAGGGCAAAGCGGAUAGGAUCCAGGAAGCUCUGAACAACCAUGCUGUUCCUGCGUACACUACCAGUGCUGGCUGGUUGGGGUAUGGUGAAGAGAAGAUGAAGAAGCUUCUUCAGGAGAGUGUACAAGAGGGCUUCAAGUACUUCAAGCUGAAGGUUGGUACAGAUCUCGAGGAAGAUCGGCAGAGAUUAAAGAUUGCCCGUGACGUUUUGGGCUACGAUAAGGGCAAUGUGCUCAUGGUCGAUGCAAACCAGGUCUGGUCUGUUACUGAAGCUAUCACGCAUAUGAACGCUCUCGCAGAGUUCAAACCAUGGUUCAUCGAGGAGCCAACAUCUCCAGACGACAUCCUCGGACACGCUGCUAUCCGCCAAGGUCUGUCUAAUACAACUCACGGCGCCAUUGCGGUAGCAACAGGAGAAAUGUGUCAGAACCGCGUCAUGUUCAAACAGCUCCUCCAAGCAGGCGCUGUGGACAUCAUCCAGCCUGAUGCAUGCCGUGUCGGCGGCGUGAACGAGGUUCUGGCAAUUCUACUCCUCGCUGCCAAAUUCAACGUCCCUAUUGUACCUCAUUCGGGCGGUGUAGGACUACCAGAGUAUACUCAGCAUUUGAGCACUAUUGACUACGUUGUCAUCAGUGGCCGUGGUUGA